AGAAGAAGAAGAAGACGAAAAAAAAUAAAACAGAAAAUCCCGAAAGGAGAGAGAGAGAAGGGGGGAGUAGAGUAGUAUAGAACCCAAUGCUCGCCCGUGUGCCUCACGCAGAAAGCGCCAAGCGGGCGUCCUGAAUACAUCUCUCCCGCACGACCGCUGCCUGUGUAUAGUGUGCGCGAUAUAUAGCCAACGCCCCUCGUGCUGUCUGUGUGUGUGUGUGUGGCUAGUAAAAAAGAAAACAAAAAACAAAAAAAGUGAAAGUGCGCCAGGCCAUUUCUUUUUAUCUCUCGCCGUGUGCUGCUGCUGCUGCUCUCGAAAACUAUUUGGUUUUUGGCCAUCAACUUUUGAUUUAAUAUCGCCCAUAUUUUUCGAGAGAAAUAGGAAAGCGGUGCGUGUGUGUUUUUCGAUUGAUUCGUGACAAAAUAGAGAUAACUGGAUUUCGGGUCAUAAACACCAAGGACUGAAAUCGAGUUGUUGUUGUUUUGGGAGAGAAAAAACAAAUAAGUUGAGAGCGAAACAUGAUUGUGUUUGCCGGUUGUUAUUUUCAAAUGCCGGCGGUGGUGCCGCCCCGACCGAUUGCGUCGUCGACCGUCGAUCUCAACCGCGUCCAAGGCCCUGGCGGCAGCUAAUGAAAUGCUAGUGCUCUGCCCAUCAUCAUCAUCCGUGUCAUUUGCUGGUGAGAGAAAUUUCAAAAGAAGAUAAUCUCUCGACCGCCCAGACAUAUAAAUACUGUCAACUCAUCAACAAUUUCAAGUGUGAUUAGGUCGAUUGCCCAUUUGGUUUCUUUCUAAUAUGCUAAUGCGUCGGGGUUGGUCUGCCGACAGCCAGUCAAUAAUCUCGACUAUUAAGCAGCUAGAUAUCCGCUGAUGGUGCUGUGAAUUUCAUUCUCACGACUCGUCAAAUUCGCCCAGAUGCGCCAAACCAAAAUCGGAUAUCUAGAUUUUUUGGGUUGGAAAUCUGAUCGCACUAAUGCUGCAGCUGCAGCUCUGGCAUCUUUGAAAUCAUAACUCGCUCUUGCGUUAUUGUUGCGUGAGUGCCUGGUGGCAGAAACGGAAACGUGAGCCGCCCAUCAUCCCCCUGUUGUGCAGUUUAGAAACGCGCGCGCCCGCUGCUGCCAUGGUGACGGACAAUCAGAGGAAAUGACAAAUUACGUUUCUCUAUCCCAUUCAAAGAUGACGAAGGCUAGGACAAUGGCCAAGUCGUGUCUCUUGGUGGGUCUGCUGAUGCUCGUGCUCGUGCCUCAAACAACGACGUCACCGGCCGCCCAACAGUUGCCCGAUUGGACGCCCAGCAGCGCCGAAAUCCAAAGUGAAACGACGACGACAAUUAACGACGCCAAGAAUGUCACCGACUACCAACCGCCACCACCGCACGCUCGCCCAAUUGUGAUUCCGUGCCCAGUGGAUUGCGUGUGCAAAAACAGCGAAACAGUCGACUGCCGAGGCGCCGGCAUUCGAAACAUCUCGGCCAUCAGCUUUUUAUCGAAUCAACGCGUCACCAAAUUGGACCUCAGUCACACCGACGUAACCAAAAUAGGACCCAUGGCUUUCCAACACAUGACCUUUCUGGAAGAUUUGAAUUUAGCGGGAAAUAGUUUGAACGACAUAGACAUCGACGCCUUUCACCAUCCUCGGCUCAAAUCCUUGUCACUACAGAAAACUAACAUCAAAUCCGUUCCUACGAGCUUGUUUUCACAUCUUCCUAGUCUCCAGUCCAUACGUUUGGACAGCAACGACUUAAGCCAACUGGAUCCUCUCCUCUUUACGGGCUUGCCGUCGCUUCGACAAUUGCGUCUUGAUGUCAAUCGACUGAGCGCCGUCCCCCAAGAGGCCCUAUCUCGUGUUACUACCCUUGAAGUUUUAAAUUUGAGCUACAACCGAAUCAAGGCUAUUACAGCGGGAGCUUUUCGAAACCUCACCUUCCUAAACGUUUUAGUCCUUGAUCACAAUGAAAUAGACUACAUCGACGAUGACGCAUUCAUCGGACUCUUCUCCUUGAAAGUCCUUGAGCUGAGGCACAACGCCAUCAACCGAAUUGAGCCGCCCUAUUUCAGACAAGUCCCGCUGCUGGCCGAACUAUACAUGAACAACAACAACGUCACUCUCGUCAAGGCCGGCCUAUUCCAGCAGGUAUCACGUGUGGUGGUACUAGAACUGCGCGGCAACCCACUCGUCAACGUCCAACUGGAAGCCUUCGCUUUCCUUCCGCGGUUGAAAAAAUUAAUUCUAUCUGAAGUCAAAGAGCUCCGCCAUUUCCCGCUGCUGAACGGGACCGGUGCGCUGGAACUGAUCCGGAUCGACCGGGCGAAAAUAAAACAGAUUCCCUCGUACACUUGCCAACAUUCUCCACAUUUGCGCAGUCUGGAUCUCAAAUCCAACUUGAUCGAAGCCCUACCCGAUUUCUCCCACUGCCGGAGCCUCCGCCUCGUAGAUCUCAGCCACAACCGAAUCACGAAUCUGCCCAACCACGCUUUCCAGCAUCAAAUUCAUCUGCACGACCUGCUCCUGUCCAACAACCGCAUUCAAACCGUACCCGAACACGCCUUCGACGGACUGCGCAAACUGAAAACCCUGGAUAUGUCGGAAAACGCCAUUGAAUCGAUUCAUCCCGACACUUUUCUGCCGCUGAGCGAAAUUCAGGACGUCAAUCUUGGGCACAAUGGGUUCCCGGUUUUCCCGUCGGUCGGCCUGGAAAACGCCCUGCACAUCAAAGUGCACAACAAUCCCAACCUGCGCGAAUUCCCGUUGCCGGCCUCGUUUCCCCGCGUCAAGACGCUGGCCCUCUCCUACGCCUACCAUUGCUGCCCGUUCCAGCAGAGCUCGUCGUAUUCAAUCAUCAACGGCGUCGGCGGGGAAGACAGCUCGCUGAGAGACUCAAUUAUCUUUCCAUCCAGCGAGCACGGCAUCGACCUGACGGCCUGGGCCAGAGGCGAAGCCGUCUGGACCGAUUCUAAUCCAAUGUGGGCAAACAUGAGCCAGCAAUUUGGUUCGCCGGCUAAUCACCUCAACCUCAGCGAAGCGGACAUUGAGAAACUGUUGAGCUCGGUUAGCAACGUCAAAUCGGGUCUCCUAUUUAUGACGGCCAAGAAAAACUACGACAAAAAGAAUCCAGCAGUCACUUGCAUCCCGGAGCCCAGUCCGUUUAUGCCCUGUCAAGAUUUGUUUGAUUGGUGGUCGCUCCGCUGCGGAGUCUGGAUCGUCUUUCUGAUGGCCCUGCUCGGCAACGGCGCCGUUGUCUUCGUCCUAAUCUUUGCUCGAUCAAAGAUUGACGUCCCCAGAUUCCUGGUCUGCAAUCUCGGAAUGGCCGAUUUCUUCAUGGGAAUCUAUCUGGGAUUCCUGGCCGUCGUUGACGCAUCGACGCUGGGCGAGUUCCGCAUGUACGCCAUUCCUUGGCAACUGUCGGCCGGCUGCCAGGUGGCCGGUUUCUUUGGUGUGCUGAGCUCCGAGCUGUCCGUUUUCACGUUGGCCGUCAUCACGAUGGAGCGCAACUACGCCAUCACGCACGCCAUGCAUCUCAACAAGCGAUUAUCGCUGCGCCAUGCCAGUUACAUCAUGGCCGCCGGAUGGCUGUUCGCCCUCAUCAUGGCCUUCCUGCCGCUGGUGGGCGUUUCCGACUAUCGCAAAUUCGCCGUCUGCCUCCCCUUCGAAGUUGGCAAUUCCGUCAGCAAGGGCUACGUCGUCUUCCUAAUGGUCAUCAACGGCGUCGCCUUUCUCAUCCUCAUGGGCUGCUAUUUAAAGAUGUACUGCGCUAUUCGAGGCUCGCAGGCGUGGAAUUCUAACGACUCGAGGAUUGCCAAAAGGAUGGCCCUGCUGGUCUUCACCGAUUUCCUGUGCUGGGCGCCCAUCGCUUUUUUCUCGCUGACGGCCGCCUCCGGCCUCCAAUUCGUUUCGCUCGAGGAAGCCAAAAUCUUCACCGUCUUCAUCCUGCCGCUCAAUUCCUGCUGCAAUCCUUUCCUCUACGCCAUCCUGACCAAGCAGUUCAAAAAGGAUUGCGUCCUCAUCUGCAAGGCCAUCGAGGAGUCGCGCGUGACCCGCGGGAUCGGCCGAUGCCGUCACAGCUCCAAUUUCAGCAACCGCCAGACACCGGGCAACACCAACAGCCUGGGCGAUCGCAAUUCAGGAUCAAAGGACGGCAGCUCGUGCCAAUGUCAGGGCAGAGGACUCUUGAAGGAGGACAAGCUGUCCGGCUCGUCCCAGCCACACCGGCAUCAGCACGCCCAGCACCGGCACAAUCGGACCAGCCGGCUGGGAUGGUUCCGCUCGCCGCUCCGCGCUUUCCUGCGCAGGAUCCGGGCGGCCGAGCGCGAAAUGGGCGAGUCCUCGUCGUCGGCCAACGAGUACGCCUACCAGAUCGCCGAGAUCCAGCAGAAGCAGCUGAACAGGAACAAGCAUCACCGACGGGCCGAAUCGGUGUCCAGCGACACUUACAGCACUUCGCGCUCCGAUUCCGUCAAGGCCGUCGGAUGCGGAUUGCCGUUGCGCAUGGUCGGAAGGAGGAGGAACUCGUGGACCGUCACCCGAAAGCCUUCGUCCGAUUCCAAUCUGUCGUCGUCCAGGAAUGAUUCGUCCACUUCGGCCAUGACCGCUUCCACCAGCGCUGGAACGACCACCUGGAGGAAUUCCAGAUCUUCCGUCUCCAGCGACGGAGGAUCUUCUAAUAAAGGAAGUUUGCGGGAUCGUGAGAAAUUAGCAUCGGGAGUGGCCAAGAGCGGAGCCAAGGCGAUGCCGCCGAUGAUUUACGUGCCGCCGAUCGACGGCCAGCGUAGGUCGUCCAGCAUGCGAGAGAAGGCCGGCCGCAAUUUGCCUACGUCUCCACUAGCCGCCGGCAUACUGCGCCAGCAAUCGGUGGCCACGCCCACCGGCAACUUUGUCCACCGCACCGUCAUCCCGCACGUGACGUCUUCGGUGGCCGGCGCCUGUCUGAUGGAUCCGUCGGCGGACGGGAUGGCCUGCGAGUCCUUCGAGGCGGCCGGCAUCCGACACGUUGGCGCCAAAUGCAAACCGCGUCUGACCCGUCAGAUCGCCGUCCAGGACGACUUGGCCGGCAACAACCUGCAAUGUCCGCCAUCGUCGGGCUACAACAAAUGCGUCUCGUUCAACACGGCCAACAUCAUGGUGUUGCCCAGCAGCAAGGAGGACCAUCUGCAGCGCCAGCAGCACUACUGCCCGCUGCACUCGCCGCGAUCCUUGCAGGGCGUGUGGGAGAGUUCCAUCGAGGAGGACUACGAGGACGUUGCGGAAGAGCCGAAAAGGAACCGAUCGGCCAUCGACAAGGACAAAAUCUUCUCGGCCGUGGCUUCCAUCUACACGAAUCGCGACAAAAAUCGACUGGGACUCUCGGGAUUCAUUCCCAGGAAGCUCAGCACCAUUUCGUCGCGCAGCUGCAGCAUCAAUCCCGACAACGAAGCCGGAACGGACGAAACAUUCGAAAUCAUCGACGAAUCGCAGCCCAGCAGCGGACAGGCGGCCGCCGCCACGGCGCUCCUGACUCCUGCAGUCAAAUCCAGUCAAGUCGAUCCUGCAGCGUCCAGGGCGUUCAAGUCGAGCAACGAAUUGCUCAACGUCUACGCCACCAAGAGACACAAGAGCAAUAAGGAAGCUGAGCUGUCCAAAAGUGAUCACGAUUUGUACCAGCCCAAGAUGAGCCAUCCGCCAUCGAAAUCGUCGCAGCGCAAAUCCAUCGGCUCCUCAUCCAUCGUCCGGUUGAUCGUGACGCCCGAAAACAGUUCGUCGUCUGCUUCUUCAUCCAGCGCUCGAGUGGUGGAAGAAACGCGUUUCGGAGCCGACGACAUGGUCCUGGUCCAUCCCAGGCCGGACGCCGUUCAGUCACCUGAUUCAGGAUCGGUUCUCAAUCAAAAGGAGUUGGACGACGACGACGACUCGUCCCAGCACCAACAAGAAAUGGAUCCUUUAAUGCAAUAAAAUUUGAAAAACAAAAACAAAAAAAGUGAAUGCAUUGCAUCCUCAGUUAAAAAUAUUUCGCAAAAAGUCGCCUUCCUUGUUUAAAAAAAAAAUUAAUCUGAUAUAAUAUAACCUACUUAAAAAAAAGCUUAUUCGCUAUGGUGCCAAACGUGUUUUUGAUUUCGAGAGCUCUGAAUUAUUGCCCGCCGCUUUUUGUAGCUUCUUUUUGCAGCCUUUUUUCGAUUGACAUGCCAAUAAUAAUACUAUCGAUGUUUGUACGUAUCUUGUGUACCAUUUGUUGCCACAAAUCUUGCAUUCCUCUGUAUAGUAUUAUAUAGCAACAAAACACAGAGCUGUAAAUCGUGUAUUUAUCAACAUAAAACCAAACCAAACAGAAAAA